CGUCCUGCUUUCAGAUGGGAAGCCAGAAAGCUUCAGAAAGAGAGAGGCACAUGACGGGCACCUUCAGGACCCAGGAAGACAAUGAGCUGUGAAAUGUCCUCACCGGAAUGCCUGAAGGAGAAAGGAAUUGAGCUCCUCACCCAUUUUGACAAGGUUAGCCUUCGAUAUCAGCAGGCUCACGACGAACAAGUAGGUGGAACCAUGGCGUCCCAGCACUCUCACCUGUUCGGGGCUUUGCAACAGUUAUCGGGUCUGGACAAGCUGUGGGAGAGGCUAAAGUCUGACCUUCCAUGUAAGCAGAAGCUGGGCGAGCUGGAAACACGGCAGAAGACGUUGGAGAACAUUGUCUCGGUUUUGAGUCGAGAGCUGGGCAGGAGAGAGGAGGCCCCUGCAAAUGCCCUCGGAGAAGCCAUGGCCAGGAUCCUUUACCUGGAGGAGAAGGUGCAACAACAAGACUCCCUCUUGACCCUGAAGGAUGUGAUGAUCAGCAACUUAGCAUCCCGCCUCCAAGUCUUGGAGCAAACCACGUACGACGGGUGUUUCUUUUGGAAAGUCCCCGAGAUGGGACUCAGACUGCAGGAGGUGCAAACAGGAAACAGGCCUGCCCUGUACUCCCCCACGUUUUACACCAGUCGCUACGGUUACAAACUCUGCCUCAAGCUGUUCCUGAACGGAGACGGGGCAGGAGCAGGCAGCCACCUCUCGCUUUUCCUCGUUCUGAUGAGAGGAGAACAUGACUUCCAUCUCAAGUGGCCUUUCCGGCACAAGGUCACCUUCACUCUCCUAGAUCAAGUCAACAAGCGGCACAUCUCCACCUCCUUCCGCCCCUUGGAGACCUCGUCCUCCUUCCAGCGCCCCAUGAGCGAAGCCAACGUGGCCAGCGGCCUGCCCGAAUUCUGCCCCUUGAACUUGCUCCACGCCCCGGGGGCUACCUAUAUCCAUAACGACACAUUAGCCAUUCAAGCUGUGAUAGACACAAAGGCUUAGACUUCAGGCGACGUUCGCCCUUCCUACCAUAUAUGGCUGCUGCUCUGAGAGGCCGAGGUGGCAAGUUUCCAAAGGGAACUCUGCCCAAAGGGACCCUUUGCUGCAUUCUCCACAGUCUCUUCUCAAACGGGGUGCGACUGGAAAAAGAAAAAAAAAAGGAAACCUUUGGAAGCUUCCCUUGUCCCCCCAAAACGCUAGCAAGACAGGGCAGCGAGCGCUCUGUGCUAUCCGAAGAAGUAAAUUCAGCACCCAAAACAUGGCAGGUUCUAUAAACUUAGUAAUUUAUUCCAAGAGCUGUGUAGUGCUUUCGUGCAAAAUCCAGGAUGUUACGGCACAGUUGAAAGGUGUGAACUUAAAGAGUUUCUGCCUUAAUUCUAGUAUCUCAACAGGUAAAGCUUCCCCCCUCCCUGUGGCACCAUGCCAAGACUGCACCUGUUGGUUUUCUGCCUGCUGUACCUGAAACCAGCGACCCACCAAGCUGGUGUUGUGCCCUGCCGGUGGUAUGAUAGGCCUUCAAUGUUGUUGUUCUCUUCUCCCUUGCCUUCUUAGGACUGCAAGGUCAGGGUGGUUGUCAAGUUACCCGAAAAGACCACAAUACACGAUGGUCUCCUUGGAUGCGCAGCGUAGCACCAUCAGUCUUGUUUGUAGGCGCCCAGAACUUUUGGCCAUUAAAGUAUUGAGAUAUGAGGUCUACUUCCCUUGUUUUAUGGUGGGUAGGAUUUGUGCUUUUUAUAAGUAUGGAUGGGUGAGCAUUUGUAGGGUUUUUUUUGUUUUCGUUUUCCCAACUGGCUUUGAUGCGUUUCGCCGUUAUUUGUAUCUAAAUUCGUAAUU